CACCCAGCAUCCAAGUGACAGCUGACUGGCUAAGACCUAAUUGCUCUCUGGUGAGGUCAGCGAGAGGCAUUUAUCUAAGCACACCGAAUAACAACAGAGUGAAGAUGCACAGUAAAAUCUUGCCUGGGAUAGCACUUGAUCCGUGGGAACAAUUGCAGGACUGGGGGAGCCAGACAUCAGCUAUUGAGGAGACUUGUGCUCAGGCUAUUUUUUUGGAAGAAAACAACUUUGCUGUUUACAGCUGUCCUUCUAUGCCUUCAUUUUCUGCCAGUCACCGGACCACAGUCUCAUACAGCGAGGAUGAGUCCAACAGUGGACAUCGGUCUACUUCACUUUCCCCAGAUAGAGUAGAUGACAAGUGAGGAUUAAAAGCAGACUGCUCCCUCAAAGCCCAGUUAAGGUUGGUUGAGGCAGCGACAGCGCAACAACACGUUUUUCCCAUUUAAUCCACCGGAGACCUCCUCAGGCAAAGGAAGAGGCCAGGUCACAGACCUAACAGCCAAAAAAGACUGCUCUUUUUUUGAGUUUACUUUUCAGCAUGUUGCCCGUGAACACCCAUUGCUUUGCAUUAUAAUGCGCAAAUGGAUGCUGAGGUGGAACCUGCCAAAUCUGCUCUCCGGACUGUACUUGCACAUUUUCUUUCUAGUGGGCAGUGUGUGUUUAGCCUGCAGUGAUAGGACUCCAGAGCAAAUGGCUGCAAUUAUGAACUGUUCCAAACAUGAACGGCACACCAGAAAUUACGACUAUAUGGAGGGAGGGGAUGUAAGAAUCAGACAGCUUUUCAGCCGGACGCAGUGGUUUCUCACAAUCGACGAAUACGGCAAUAUCAACGGAACACAAGAUCCCACAAAUUGCUACAGUAUUCUUGAAAUCCGGACAGUCUCAGAGGGAGGUGUCCUGGCCAUUAAGGGGGUGAAAAGCCAAUAUUACAUAUCAAUGAACAGGACAGGGGUUCUGCAAGGCAAGAAGACCUACAAUGAAAACUGCAACUUUAAAGAGGUAUUCUUGGAAAACUACUUCAACGCUUACUCAUCUGCAAAGUGGACUAAGCAAAAUGGUAAGGAAAUGUUCAUCGCUCUGUCUCAGAAGGGCCGACCGCUGAAGGGAAGGAAGACCAGGAAGGAGAAUAUCUCAUCUCACUUCAUUCCCAUGAAAUGCAAAGAGGAAGACAGACGAGUGGACUGAUGUUGCAGGAUCGCCUGCAACCUUGUGGUGAAUUAAGGACAUAGUCGUGGCUUUUCCAGUGCUUCGGAACAGUAGUACAGAUACUUUACACAAUUCGGUCACACUUAUUUUAAGCUCCGUCUAUUAACUGUUGUCAGCCAUACAGCAAACAUCUUCAUUCAUUAGGUGGUCUUUGGCAAAACCUUUUCUAGCUAGUAAACAGGAAAUAAACUGUCUGAUGGUUUGAAAUUGUGUAGAAAUUGCUAUUCUAAGAACAGUUUAUAUAUGUAUAUGUUAUAAUAACAUUUUUCUGCUUACCUCCGACAACCUGUUUACUGUUUGCUUACCAUCUGUUCACAGUUAAAAAUAUUUUUGAAUAUAAUAUUUGUGAAGUGUGACAAGUAUAAAUUCACUCUGACAUCACAAAUAUAAAUGUCAAUUGGGUGGUUGAAAGAGAUAUUGUUUCAUUAAAUAUUUAAGAUAAAGGACUAUUGUGAACAUGAUAAAGGACAGAACCAAAGUAUAUAUAAAUAUUGUAAAUAAUUAAGUGGCAGGUCACACAAAUUGGCAUGUCGACAUUUAAUUGGAAGACUUCUUCAAAUGAGUAUAAUACCAUUUUAUAGUUAAAACCUAAUGGGAUUUUUUAACGCUUUGAUGCUUUUUUUGCAUAAAAUAUUAACAAAUGUUACAUAUGAAUGAAUGCAAAUAAUAUUUCUAUUCAAAUACAGUAUGUGUGUGAGCAAAACUGAAAUAUGUGAUCAUGUUAUCUUCUAUAAUGGUUAUCAAGUAGUGGAAAAGGCUGAAAGUCUGAAAGGAGGUAAGAGUAUGGCACUGAAUAUCUCGCUGUUAUCACCUUCAUCAUCUUCAUCAAAUUCUUUUACUACUGUGCUUAAAUGUUUCAUCAGACCAAAUCAAGAAACAAUCCUCUUACAUUUAGAUACUGUUAAAUUAACUUUUUUGUUGUUUCUUAAGCAACGUGAAUAAAUCGCAUUACGCUAGUUCAUUAUUCAAUUCAUUAUGGAAAAACACUCAGUGCUCAGUGUCCACACCAAUUAGAGACAAAUAAAAUUCAAACUGGAAAGCAAGUCGCACACAAACAUUUUUUUUGUUUGGUUUUUAGCUUUUAGACAAACACUUAUUGAUAUCAACAAAAAGAGACAAGUCAACUAGUGUUUAGGCUAGUCAUUCAUCAGGGUAACUGGCCAUUUAGUAAACAUGAAAUCAACUUGCUUUUAUAUGUUGAUAUACAGGUAUGCAUAUUGAGAUGAGAAAUCAGCAUUAGAUAUUUCAUAACAUACUUCUGUUCGAUUUCCUUAGUCACAGAAUGUCUUUUUCUGAAUCAAAGGCAAAAACGUAAUAACGUAAAUCAAUUAUCUUCAUAGUUCAAAUAUAUGAAACCAGAACCUAACACAAUUAGAGACUCCUGGUCAUAUCUCUUGUAUACAUCUUUAGAUUGCAACUGAAUGCAAUAUGCUAUGAAUACAUUUAACUAUCCAGUUUUGAAGCUCCUGGCAAAGAAUACUACCCAUAUUAAGCUGCAGAGUGAACACUGUUUGGAAAAACUUACGUACUUCAUCCCUUGCCUCAUCUACUGUAAUAUUUCUAAUCUGUCAACUUCUCAAACACAUCCUUAAAAGGAAUUAAAUAAUAAUUGAAAGUACACAGACCAAAUGAUUUCCCUGAAUCGCCUGCUCUUUGUUACAUUCCAUCACACUAUCCAUUAUUAUCCACAUAAGACAUCAGCAUCAUACAGUAUUUCCAAUGCCGCCCAGGUAGCACAAUUAUCAAUCCUCUCCAUGUUCAUCUAAUACAAGCGGUUAUCUCGUUCUUAGAAAAAUACUUAAUUUGACAUGUAUAUGUAGAAAAAGAUGCUUUUCACAGGUCUGUAAAUCUUUUGAUUUGAUUUGAGGUACCCUCUGUGUAAUAGAUUACUACCUUCCCUUCUGCCUAUGUUAAUACUUAUUUGUUAUUCUUAAUUGUUGUAUGUUAUUUAUGUUAUUUAUAUAAAAUACAAAUGGAAUCUUC